CUUUUCGAGCAGCUAGCCGAGGCCGAUCCGCCUCUGUAUUUGUGUGGCUUCAACGAGAAUCGAUUCGAUUCCAUCGGUCGCGUAAGUUCAAAAAAGUGCAGUAGUGAAGUGAACGUUUGAAUAUUUGUUUGGAAAGUGGCCGAGAAACGGACUUGCGAUUUUAGCAUUGCAUUCGAAUAAUGAGCAUUCGAGCGUUGAGCCAACCAGAAGAGAAACUAAAAUGGCGACAGGAUGAAAACGAUAACGAUGGGGAAAGCGCACCAGCGACGGCGAAGAGUUCUUCCCCAGCGUCGGUGGCCGCGAUGUUGAGCCGUGGCUCCGUGCGACAUAGUCAGAGCCCAAAAAUUCCGCCAUCGAUAAGCCCGGGAGGAGUGUUGAACGCGAACGUUGGAGCCAAGGGAAAAGGGCCCGUGUGCAACUAUUAUGUGGUGCUGGAGAAGAGUCCGCCGCGGAUGUCAGCCGACGAGUCGGAUUCGUCGACGUAUGACAACAGUGUGCACUGUUGCGAAACAGACAUCUGCCAAGACUCGACGGACUACGAUUCAUCCUCAGGCGGCGAUGACUCGUUCACAACGGAAGGAAUAGCAACGGUGGACAUUGUUGAGUACGAGGUGGCAAGCGCCAGCGACGGCGAUGCGGACUCUGUGGACAAUUCAUCGAGUGGGACUGAUGACCAUGGGUUGGUGAUGGCUACUAUGACGGCUCUGGACACGACGAGUUCCAACAGCGAGUUUGCCGAUAGCGAGGAGUCCGACUCGGAUAAGCGCGUUGAUAGGGAGCUGACCGAAGCCGACUACUGGCAAUGUAUAAGAUGCAAAAACCCGCACAACAGUCCACUGUACCGGAUGUGUGAGAAAUGCUACAAGAUCCGACGAACACAUUUUCCACCCAGACCUAGAUUCCGAAGGAAAAAGCGAAAUCGGCAUGGAAAAUCAUCUGCGUCACCAUCCCCAGUAGAAGCAAGUGAAUUAAGGAAUGACUCGUCAUCGAUUUCAACGUCACAAGAAGUUGAUGAAGUAUCUAAACGUCUGUGUGACGAUAGGAUUGGUAAUGGAAGUUUUAGGGCCAACUAUAAAACUGUUUGCAAUAGCUUUAAGAAACGGAAACUGAAUUAUUCUAGUAAUAAAAGUCAGCUAAAUAGCGCGGCAGAAGCUAGCGAUGAAGAACUGAGUGAUAUUGAACAUAGAAGUAAAAAUUUCAAUGGUGCAGGUCAUAGGAAAAGAAAAGCUCCAAUGAGUAGGAGUAGGCGAGAAACGAUGAGUACAAAUUUAUCUAGUUCUGGUCAGUCUAUUGUAAAUAUUAGUAAUAGGUUAGAAACUAGUUCAACUAGGAAAAGAAAGCUGUCUUUGAAUGACACGGAGGUGAGCAAUGCAAAACAGCUGCGACCCUCCGAAUGCAAAAUUCUUAGCAACGUUGAAAACGUUGAAACCGCCUCUGAUACGGAUAAUGAAACAAUUUCAUUGUUAAUGAACAAUACAAACACACAGAAAGACUCGGGCAUAAGUUCGGCUCAUUCAAGUCAAGAACCCCCUAGUUCCUCACUGUCUGACGAAAGAUCAUUGGAGAAGGAUGAUUACAUCGAAAAAUGCGGUAAAGUGGACAUAUAUGAUGAAGCGACUUUAGGUGAACUAAAAAGUAACACAGCGGAGGGAAAAUCAAGCAAUUCGUUGAUUUCAGCAAGUCCUUUCUCCCAAAUGGAUCAUAUGAACUUAAUUCGAAGCGUGUCCGACUGUUCAGGAACAAUAUUAAACAACAAUUUAUCCGCAGAGACUUUUGAGAUGAACAUGAGCAGUUUAGAUUCCAACCUAUCAAGUUACGGGUCAUGCAUAAUAUGUCUUUCGGGUCCAAAGAAUGGAGUGUUUGUGCACAGUAGAUUUCUUCACUUGUGCUCUUGUUACAAAUGCGCAGUAAAAAUUUGGAGCAAAUACAAACGAUGCCCGGUAUGUAAUAGUUCCGUGAAAAAUGUUUUAAAGCUUUUUGUUCAUUAGGUGAAUUUUUGGCACAACCACUCCCCUCUAUUUUGGAUUUUAUAAAUCUCAAUGUAUAUAACAUCAAGUUAGUUGUUUGUGCUGCUUAGACUAGUUGGCAUUAAUUUAGGGAGAAAGGAGCAUAUAAAUAUCGUAAAACUAUUAUAACCAUAAUAAGUUCUUUAUAAUCUUAGUUAAUCCUUUUUCUUUUAAGAGCUUUAGGUCUUUUUUGAAAAGCUUCGUGUUGCAAUAAGAACGAUAAGUUUUAUAACGAUUUUAUAAAAGAUUUCCGUUGCCGACCAUUCAACAAAAUGGGUUUCGAACAUUGAAAGAAAAAAAUAUUAGCGGAAAACAACUGCAACUAUAAGGUAAAAAAUAUUCAAAGAAAUAAAUAAAAACUCUUACAGCAUUCAAA